AAGAACUGAAUCUGUGUUGUUGUAGACGAAGAAAGAAAAGAGUUUGUGAAAAAAAAUGGACGCAAACAUGAUGGCUGGAUUCGAUGGUCUUCCUGAUGAAGACAGAGCAAUUAUGUCAUCCAUGAUUGAACAGCUUCAGCUACGUGACAGCUUGAGGAUGUACAAUUCAUUGGUAGAGAGGUGUUUUGUGGACUGUGUUGAUAGCUUUACACGCAAAUCUCUACAGAAACAAGAGGAGACUUGUGUUAUGCGAUGCGCUGAGAAGUUCCUUAAGCAUACAAUGCGUGUUGGUAUGCGGUUUGCUGAACUCAAUCAGAACGCAUCAACCCAAGACUGAAAAUGUCUGCUUCUGUCUUUUUGGUCCGAGAAAACCAGAAUAAACCGGUUGUUUAGUUGUUCAGUUUACUCUGAUACUGUUCUUUGAACACCAACUCCUCAUGUACUGUGAAAUUAUAUUUUGACUGUAUCCAAAUAUGAUUUUUGUAUUUCAUUGUUACCAUUUCCGAAUUUUCAUUAUACUA